AUGUUGGGAGUUAUCGCAGCUGCAACUUUUGGUAAUUUUUUGAAUCCAGACUCAGUUCGUGAUUUACCUUUAAUUUGUUAUGCUCAUGAUGGUUUUGGAAUUUUAAAAAAUUUUUUGCAUGAAUGUAGAGAACAAGCAAUUAAUGCUUCUUUAAACAACAACAAAAAAUCUUCUUCAGUUAGUCCUGGUGUUGUAGUUAAAAGUUGGGCUAAACGUUUUAGAAAAGGAAGUAGUUGUAGUGGUGAUGGAUUAAAAGAAGAAGAAAAGAAGGUGAUUAAAGAAAGUGAUGAGGAGAAUAAGGUGAAGGAUGAUAGUAGAGACGUGGAAAAGGGAAAGGAAGGUGGUGGACAAAUGGAAAAUCCUCGAAUUGUUGUAACAAACUCGCCUUCUUCAUCUUCAUCCACUACUAAUGCUCCUGCAACAACAACUUUAGAAAUUUCAGAAACAACAACAACUCUUCGAAUACAUAAUUUAGUAUUAUUAGCUUCACAAAUUGUUUCAGCUGUUCGUCACUUACAUAAAUUUGGUAUAAUCCACAAAGACAUUGCUACAAGAAAUUGUUUAGUUUCACAUACAAAAAUGAGCGGUGGACGUGUUCGCUUACAUUCUCAAUUAUGUGAUUCUGCUUUAGGAAGUGAUUUAUUUCCCCAAGAUUAUAAAAAAGAAGAAAAUAAUUUACAAGAAACAGAAUAUUCAAAUUAUUUACCUAUACGUUGGAUGGCCCCAGAAUUAUUUAUUUCUUCUAAAAAAUUUAAUAAACAAAAUAAUAAUCAAAAUAAUUGUUGGAAUAGUGCUACAGAUGUUUGGGCAUGUGGAAUUUUAAUUUGGGAAAUUUUUAAUUGUGGAAAAUUGCCAUAUAAUGAAAUACAUGAGGAUGAGUUGGAACAAGCAAUAGUUUAUGCCGGUCUUCGCCUCUCCCAACCCUAUAAUUGCCCUGAUGAGCUUUAUUCAAUUAUGUGUUCUUGUUGGACAACAACACCAGAAGAUAGGCCAACAUCUAGUGAAUUAGACUUAAAUUUACAAGAAUUUAUGCAAAGAUUAAGCAAAUAUAUUUGAAGAGAAUUCUUGAAUUUUUUUAUUUUUUGAUCUUUUUUAUACCAAAAAAUGUAUACGGGUUUAUAACCUU